AUUUUAUCAAACUUGUGCUGGUGAAACUUUUAUUGCAUAUGUACUGUUUCAAUCCCACUUUUCGUCCUAUGCUCAUAUUUCCACACCGACAACCCAAUAUAAAUAAAUUUAGCAAUAUCACUACUUACUCACAUCAACAUACACAUUUCACAUUAUAUUAUAUGUUUUUAUGUAUACCUCAGAAGCAUAAGCUUUAUUAAUUCCCCAACCAAGGAAAUAUCAAUAUGGUACAACAAACAAAGAAGUUCAGAGGAGUCAGGCAGCGCCAGUGGGGCUCUUGGGUGUCAGAAAUUCGCCACCCUUUGUUAAAGAGAAGGGUGUGGUUAGGAACAUUUGAGACGGCAGAAGCAGCAGCAAGAGCAUAUGAUCAAGCUGCAAUUUUGAUGAAUGGUCAAAGUGCAAAGACUAAUUUCCCUGUGACAAAGAAUCAAGGUGAAGAAGUUGCUAGUGACACCCCUUAUAAUGGUGGUGGUGGUGAUGAUUCUUUCUUGUCUCCCAAGGCACUCUCUGAGCUACUCAGCACAAAGCUUAGAAAGUAUUGCAAAGACCCUUCUCCAUCACUUACUUGUUUGAGGCUAGAUAAUGAUAAUUCUCACAUUGGAGUGUGGCAAAAAAGAGCUGGACCACAUUCUGAUUCUAAUUGGGUCAUGAGGGUUGAACUUGGUGGGAAGAAGAAGACUAUAGAGUCAGAAGAGAUAGGAUCAAAACAACACACUAUUGAUGGUGGUAAUAAUAGUAAUGCUGAUAAUGAAAAUAGGGUGGUAGUAGAAGAAGAGGAAAGAGUUGCUUUGCAGAUGAUUGAAGAGUUACUUAAUUGGAACUAUCCAUGUGGAUCAACUUCAAGUAAUAACUCUCAGCAGGAAGAAAAUAGAAAUAUUUCAUGUCAUGGACAUGGUUCUUAAAAAUGUAGCAACUCCAUGCAUGCCAUUUUCUGCUCUUUUUUUUUUCAUGUACUUUUGUGUUUUUCUGUAAAAUAUAUGUAUAUGCUGUCAAAGUGCUGAUAAAUAGAUAAUAGCCACUUUGAUAGUUACUUAAUACAGUAUGCAAUAUAUUGUGGUUGGGAAACAUGAGAAUUAGGAUCAAAUUAAGAAGAAGUAUUGUUGGAAUUAUUGAAAAUUUAUAUAAAAAGCGAUUUAAUCUGUCAAU